AGUCUGGCAACUUUGUAAAACCACAGAGCUUCUGAUGCCAUGGGUCUUGGCACCUCUCGCUCAGCCAUGGUUGACCUGGAGAGUAAAAUAAACUGUAAUAUCUAGACGACCAUCCCCUGCUUCAUUCAUGUGAUCGCCAUGCGUGUGCUCAGAGGUGUUAAAAUAGAUACGUAAAGCUUUUUAUAAUUCAGCCUCCGCGUUCUUCAUUUAAAUCUCAGUUAAUCCUCUUUUCAUUGUCACUAUCACUAUUGAAAACAGUCACCGUUACCAAAAGCAGAGAGAGUGGAAAGGUGAAAUGUAGUUGAAAAUAUAAAAGCCUCUUUAAUUAUCACCCUGGAAAGAGUGUAAAACCAUGACAAGUCCCCAUGAGAUGUUGUUAUUGUGUGGAGUGACAUUAUUACCAACCGUGUCCCCAACCUCUCUCUCUUAAGUGUUCCAGACCAUGUCCCCAAUACUAAGCUUCGGGUUGACUUUACCCCUAGGUAUAGGUCCCCUCUCCCAAUGCUAACCUUAAAGGGGCAACAAUGGCAGGCAGUAAGCUUUGUUCUUUUUUCAACAGCUGAUUGCCCCAUUAACCCUUUAGCUGGAAUAUGCUCAAUUUACCCAGUAUCAGCUUCUAGGAGCAACUUCACCCUCUACCAGGUAUUCCCAAACUGGAGUAGGGUGAAGGGGUAUGCGCAAUACUGUCGGGGGUGCGCCAAGUAAAAAUUGUGAUUCACUUUUUUUUUUUUCAGUGUAUAUAUAUAUAUAUUUUUCCCGCAUUUUCAAACGGUCCAAUUAUAUUUUCCAACGGGGCUAUACAUUUGGGUGAGGUUUUUUUCUCGCCUGAGUAGCCUCGUUACCCUGCCAAAAAUCAAAUUAAACCACCUAGUGUUUAGCGAAAUAAUAACACAAUGUCAAAAACAGGUAGCCUAGACCAAAUAAUUAACAUCCAGUCACAUUCUGUCCCCAAUGCACACACAUCUCUGGGGGUCUUCUUUUCAGUUCACUGCAGCUAGCGACUGGAACGAGCAGCAUAGCAUCAAACUGGAUGGUUUUUAUCUCAAACUCUUCAUUCAAAGACUCAAUCAUGGACACUCUUACUGACAGUUGUGGCUGCUUUGUGUGAUGUAUUGUUGUCUAUCUUCUUGCCCUUUGUGCUGUUGUCUGUGUGUCCGUUGUGCUAUUGUCUGUGUGCCCAUUGUGCUGUUGUCUGUGUGCCCAUUGUGCUGUUGUCUGUGUGCCCAUUGUGCUGUUGUCUGUGUGCCCAUUGUGCUGUUGUCUGUGUGCCCAUUGUGCUGUUGUCUGUGUGCCCAUUGUGCUGUUGUCUGUGUGCCCAUUGUGCUGUUGUCUGUGUGCCCAUUGUGCUGUUGUCUGUGUGCCCAUUGUGCUGUUGUCUGUGUGCCCAUUGUGCUGUUGUCUGUGUGCCCAUUGUGCUGUUGUCUGUGUGCCCGUUGUGCUAUUGUCUGUGUGCCCAUUGUGCUGUUGUCUGUGUGCCCAUUGUGCUGUUGUCUGUGUGCCCGUUGUGCUAUUGUCUGUGUGCCCAUUGUGCUGUUGUCUGUGCCCAAUAAUGUUGGUAGCUGCACAAAACAUGGUGCAAUGUUGUGUUCCUACCAUGUUGUUGUCAUGUUGUGUUGCUACCAUGAUGUGUUGUCAUGUGUUGCUGCCUUGCUAUGUUGUUGUCUUAGGUCAAUCUAUAUGUAGUGUUGUCUCUCUUUUCGUGAUGUGUGUUUUGUCCUUUAUUUAUUUAUUUAUUUUGUAAAUCCCCGUCCCCGCAGGAGGUCUUUUGGCUUUUGUUAGGUCGUCAUUGUAAAUAAUCAUUUGUUCUUAAAAAACAUCUUAGGGCUAGGCGUCCCACUAGCGGGACAACUUCCGGUUAAACUGGAGGGCGCGCGAUUCAAAUAAAUAAUCAUAAGAAUGAUGGAUAUUAAACAUGUAGGUACAUACAAUUGUCUUAUCGGUUGAAAGCUUAUAUACUUGUUAAUCUAACUGCACUGUCCGAUUUACAGUAGCCAUUACAGCGAAAGUAUGCCAUGAGAUUGUUUGAGGACGGCGCCCCACUUCAAAAUAUUUUUCCACCGGCAGAGGUUUCAUAAAUUCACAAAUAGAUCAAAUCCUUCUUUAUAUCCUUAAAACUCAUUCAACAUGCAGAGAAAGGAAUCCAAAAAUCUACCGCUAUACUUUGUUAAAACAAGUCAAAAUAAGUUUCUAUUGACUCCUCAGAUACCCUAAAAUGUAAUCAAACUAUAAUAUUUCAUACGGAAAGAAGUAUGUUCAAUAGGAAACCGAUAUUAGCAGGUGCGUCUUCCUCGGGCACCCAAACACGAAUUUCCAAUAGUGUGUCCCAGUACUACAACUCAUUAUUCUUACCUGUUUUGGAAGAAACCAGCCUGAAACCUUGAACAUAGAGUUCUGACACCCUGUGAAAGCCAAUGGAAUUGCAUACUGGGAGCUAGAUUUAAUUAUUUCCCUAUACCUUCCAUUGUAAGAGCAUGGGCUCUCAAAAAAGAAAACAAUUCUGGUUGGUUUUUCUUUCGAUUUUCUUCUACCAUAUCUAUUGUUCUAUUGUGUUAUAGUCUCCUACAUUAUUUUAACAUUUCUACAAACUUCAAAAUGUUUUCUUUCCAAUGGUACCAAUUAUAUGCAUAUCCUGGCUUCAACUGCCUGUUGCUCAGGCCCUAACUUUGGGCACGGCGGAAAUUGAGAAAGAAGGACUCUAGCUGGAAGUUUUUCAUUUUAACUGACUUGCCUAGUUAAAUAAAGGUUAAAUAAAUCAAAUUAACCGUCACUCUCUCACGGGAAUUCCACUAACGGCCCCGUAUGAAGCCAAACGUAGCUGCUGCUCAUGUUCUGUACUGAUGCCGCAAAAGCCAUGACAGGGAGACAUAGUGGAGUGGUAACGUCACUUGAGUGGGUUGAGUCACUGAUGUGAUCUUCCUGUCUGGGUUGGCGCCCUCCCUUGGGUUGUGCCGUGGCGGAGAUCUUUGUGGGCUAUACUCGGCCUUUCCUCAGGAUGGUAAGUUGGUGGUUGAAGAUAUCCCUCUAGUGGUGUGGGGGCUGUGCUUUGGCAAAGUGGGUGGGAUUAUAUCCUUCCUGUUUGGCCCUGUCCGGAGGGUAUCAUCGGAUGGGGCCACAGUGUCUCCUGACCCCUCCUGUCUCAGCCUCCAGUAUUUAUGCUGCAGUAGUUUGUGUCGGGGGGCUAGGGUCAGUUUUUUAUAUCUGGAGUACUUCUCCUGUCUUAUCCGGUGUCCUGUGUGAAUUUAAGUAUGCUCUUUCUAAUCAUCUCUCGGAGGACCUGAGCCCUAGGACCAUGCCUCAGGACUACCUGGCAUGAUGACUCCUUGCUGUCUCCAGUCCACCUGGCUGUGCUGCUGCUCCAGUUUCAACUGUUCUGCCUGUGAUUAUUAUUAUUUGACCAUGCUGGUCAUUUUUGAACAUCUUGGCCAUGUUCUGUUAUAAUCUCCACCCGGCACAGCCAGAAGAGGACUGGCCACCCCUCAUAGCCUGGUCCUCUCUAGGUUUCUUCCUAGGUUUUGGCCUUUCUAUGGAGUUUUUCCUAGCCACCGUGCUUCUACACCUGCAUUGCUUGCUGUUUGGGGUUUUAGGCUGAGUUUCUGUAGAGCACUUUGAGAUAUCAGCUGAUGUACGAAGGGCUAUAUAAAUAAAUUUGAUUUGAUUUGGUAACGCGAGUGCAGGCAGUUGCUCUUGACGCAACUUGGGUACACUGCAGCAUCUACCGAGAAGCUCUUGCUGCCUAGGGAAUGCCUGACAGCUUGAAAGACGUUUUGGACACUUUGUUAAAGCAAGGCCCCUGAACUGUUGUGUAUUUUCUGCACUGUGCAAUGAUAUGGGCAGCGACCAUGUAACUCUUUUACAACAUACAGAGUGUGCUGAUUAUCAAGAGGCAAAGCAUUGACGCGUUUUUUAAAAUUGGGAGACGGCUUAAAGUUUAUUUUACUGACCAUAAUUUUCACUUGUCAGGCCAGUCGUGUGAGAAACGGUCAAUCUGGGUGAUGUUUUUUCUCGCCUGAAUGAUCUGAAUCUAGGAUUACAGGGACUCUCCGUAACUAUAUUCAAUGUGCAGGACAAAAUUGAGGCUAUGAUUUAAGAAGUUGGCGCUCUUCUGUCUGCAUUACAAGGACACAGGUCUUUACAUCAUUGAAUUAUAUUUUUGUUUGCAAAUGAACUCAAGCUUACGGACAAUGUUAAAUAUGAUAUAGCGAAGCACCUGAGUGAGUUGGGUGCGCAAUUACACGGGUACUUUCCCGAAAUGGAUGACACAAACAACUGGAUUCAUUAUCCCUUUCAUGCCCUGCCUCCAGUCCACUUACUGAUAUCUGAACAAGAGAGCCACAUUGAAAUUUCAAUUUAAUCAGAAGCCACUGCCAGAUUUCUGGAUGGGGCUGCGCUCAAGAGUAUCCUGCCGUGGCAAAUUGGCUGUUAAGACACUGUUGCCUUUUGCAACCACAUACAUAUGUGAGAGUGGAUUCUCAGCCCUCACUAGCAUGAAAACUAAAUACAGGGACAGAUUGUGUGUAGAAAAUGAUUUAAUACAGACUCUCUCUCCAAUACAACCCAACAGAGUUAUGUCCAUCCUUUCAAGCACACCCUUCUCAUUAACCUGUGGUGAGGUAUUCACAAUUUUCGAUGAACAAAUAAGGAUUUAUAUGGAAGAUGGUUAAAUAAAGAGUGAAAGUAUUGAUUAGUAUAUAAUUAUUUGUGCCCUGGUCCUAUAAGAGCUCUUUGUCACUUCCCAGGAGCAGGGUUGUGACAAAAACUCACUCGUACUGAUGUUUAAUAAAUGUAUUGUAUAGUGUGUGAUUGUUUGUGGUAGGCCUACAAUGAUGGCAAAUAACAUUUGAGUGUGCUGAGCCUGGUGCUCAAGGGGCUAUGCAGCUGGAGGUUGAAUAUUUGGAGGGGUACGGGACUAUAAAACGUUUGGGAACCACUGCCCUACACCAUUACUAACCGUAUCCCUGACGUCCUUUCUGCACCGCAGGUGGUGAUGGAGUCUGAGGAGCCAGAGCUGAGGGAGUGUGAUGAAGCCUUUGAGUCAGAUGAAGGCAAUGUAGAGUCUUACGUGGAAGAGCCAGAGAGCAGCAGGGAGCUCCUGGAGAGGCUCAAGGAGCUGGAGACUGAGAAUUCGGCCCUGGCCCUUGCGAAUGAAAGCCAGAGAGAAGCCUAUGAAAGGUGUCUGGAUGAGGUGGCCAACCAUGUGGUACAGGCCCUUCUGAAUCAAAAGGACCUGCGGGAGGAGUGUAUUAAGCUGAAGAUGCGUGUGUUUGACCUGGAGAGACAGAACAAAACCCUGACUGAGCUCUUUGCCCAGAAACUACACCCCCAAGCCAGCCAUCUGCAACAGUUUCAGUUGGUGUCUGUCACAGAGCCCAGCACAGAGCCCAGCACAGAGCCCCUGACCAUGGACAGUGACAAAUUGCUGGUGUCCAAAAACGAGGGGGAACUCAAGAGCAAUGGGGACCGCACACAGAACGGGUUAGCCACAUCUGUCCGGGCCACUGCCACCUCUAUGGAGGCCCUGUCUCCAUUUUUCAAGAAGAAAGCACACAUCCUAGAGGUCCUGCGCAAGCUGGAGGAGUCAGACCCACUCAAGUUCCACCCCUCCUCCUGCCUGUCCCCCCACCAUGACCUGGGCCAGGCGCCGGUCUCCAUGGAGAGAGACCAGAUAUCCCUGAUGUCCUCUGAGGCGUUACCUGCCCCACAGCGCCCGGUGGCACACCCAUCGUCACGCUGCCACCACUCCAGCUCUGACUCGGACAUUCACGAUUAUGCCAAUGGAGAAGAGGCUCUCCAGGAGGACCAUGCCCAGCUUCAGCAACAACAACACGGGAGAUGUCAGUCCUGCCACAUACUCUCCCAGAAGAGCAGCCUGGACAGCCUGCUGAAGUGUGCCCAGGGCCACAGUGCCUCACACCAGGCCAGAGUGGAGAUCCUUAACAGGCAGGCCUGUGCAGAGGACCAGGGGGCAUCGGCACAGAGCACAACCCCUCCCCAAGCAGCGGCUCUUUCCCACCUCCUCUCUGCUGACAGCACAAACCAGUGCUACAUGCACAAAACAGCUUUGGACUUUCUAGAGCACACUCCAGAAGGUCUGGGUUCUUCUGAUCCUUUCCUCUCCUUGCUAAUCCAAGCCAACCUCAACGGGAUGCUAGGGCAGGAACCCAGGAAGUUACAAAAACACACAGACAAGCAUCCGCCCGGCAAACCUCCGCCACAGGCGGAGGUACAGCCCUCUCACGGUGAGGAUAUAAAGCACAUAAAGGCUGUCAUGGCAACAUCGCAGAGCCAGAACGAGGACAGUCUGGAAGAGUGCUGCUACCUAGAAGUAGAGGCAGCGGCACACAAUGUGAACAACAGCCUGCACUCUUCUACCUCACACACAGACCAUGUUGAGACGGAACCAGAAUAUCCCAAGGAGCAGGAAGUGAGUGAUCAGAUCUGCAACGGGCUCUACUUCUCCAAUGAAACAUCCGUCUCCAAGAAGGUGGCAGUGGAAUCUUAUUCUCCAGCCCCAGUGCCUGAGAGGAACAGCUCAGCUCAGGCCCUGAAUCCCUCUGGGAAGAGCAAGCUUGCACUCAGCCCCACCUCUCCCUCUUCAGGUCUGAGUGAAGUCAAGCCCUCCCCUAUCUCCUCCCCGUCCCGGCUGCUCAAGUUCCUGAAGAUCCCUCCGGGGAUCAACCAGGCACAACCAGGCAACCCCCUCCGUCUAAGUCCCCAGCUCACCCGCAGCUCCAAGAUCCCCUGCAGGAACAACAACAACUAUGAGGUGUACCACUCUCCCGUCCUGACCCGCAAAGCCACCACCACAGAGAGGGAGAAGCAGCCAUCCUCAUCCUCCUCCAAAACAGACCCCUACCCUGCCACACACUCCGCCCCCACCUCCCCACCCAAAUCAGAGGACAUUGUGGACACCCCUCCCAUGGCCAAGGAGAUUGUUUUCAGCAGCCACUUUGCGCCCAAACCCAGCGACAGCACAAAGGCACCCCCCUCUCAUGCACAAAGGGGCUCUCAGAAGGUACACCAAUACGAGAAUGUCUGCCCCUCAGAUGGGACGCCCCAGUUCCUGCAGGGACUUAAGAAGUCCCAGUACCUCCCUUACCCCCAACACGAGGGUCCUGUAGAGAAGCAUUAUCAGCAAGAUGAGAGCCUCCUCAGCCCCCCGUCUUCACAGCACCCUGACUCGUCCCCAGGGACGGCUGACCAGGACUUCUCUGACCAGGACACUGACUCAGAAAGCCCCGUCUGGCACAAGCCAAACCAACACUUUAGCCUCCCCUCCUCGUCCUCCUCCGCUGCCAGUAAAGCACAAAGUAGUCACCCCAGCUACUCCAGCAUGAGGGACAGGCACCAGGAGCACCGUGCAGCUCCAGAGCCCAGCCAACAGAACUGUGAACCUGCCCAGCCAACUCAGUCUUCAGCCAGGCGAGGUGACCCCAAGAGACUGGUGCAGGGCAAGACUUCCCAGAGUGAGUCCAGUCACCACCCCUUCAAAGAGCGCCUGGCUGCUUUGGGGAAACUGAAGAGCACAGAAGAUCUGCCAGUAGGUGCACAGUCUGUGGACAAGAAGGAUGUACAAAGUAACCUAGGCAAACCCCCCACCAACAAUAUUGAGAAAAGCAGGACCGCUGAAAGGCAAGUUGAGCGAACUGGAGCAGAGCAGCACAGAAAUCAGAAAUCCACUGAUUCCCUGGAUGGGAAGCCCUACCCCAAAACCAGCCUCGGCAGUCACACUAGGGUGAUAGGUCCAAUACAUGAAUCGGGCACCAAAUCCUCAGCCACCCCAUCAAUGAUACCCAAGGGAGAGCAGGAUACACUGUUUUCUCCCAGGAUAUAUGUAGCAAAAGCAGAAGGUCCAAAGAUCAAGAUGGGCCCAUCAUCCUCCAAUACAGAGACUCCUCCAGUGGUGCGGAGCUAUGGGAAAUGCCCCAUCACCCAGAGCCACCACAGUAAAACUGCCCCCAGCCCACAAAACAGCCCCACUAAAGUCCCGUCAAAGUCCCCUUCAAAGGUAGGUCAAGCUUCCUCUUAUCCCAGAGGGGUCAAACCCAUUCCUGAGGACCGUGCCAUGGCUCAGAGAAACCCACUUCGGCCAGAGGACAAAACCAAGCUCCCGGCCGGCAAGAAAAAGACCUUUGGCCAUGCAGAGAGCUUCCCGCCUCCCCCUCUGCCACCACGGCCAUCUACUGAAGCCAUCGCAAAAGAGGACAAAAAGCCGUACUCGUCUGGCCCAUCCGUGCUCCAGUCUGCCAUUGAGCAGAAGGUAAUGCGUGGCAUCGAGGAAAACAUGCUGAAGCUGCAGGAGCAGGACCAGGGCCAGGUGGCCGAGCCAAAGCAGAAGGCCUCCAAUGGCAUCGCCAACUGGUUCGGCUUGAGGAAGAGCAAGCUCCCCGCCCUCAACCGCAAACCGGAAGUGUCCAAGUUCAAGAUCAACAUGUCAUCGUCUGCCUCUGGCGGAGGGGCUAAGGACCCUAAGACAGGUGGUCCCCAGAAGGUGGUGGAGAGCCUGAACAUCUCCAAGCUGAUGGAGAAGGCAGAGGACCUGCGGAAGGCGCUGGAAGAGGAGCGGGCAUAUGUGAACAGGGUCGGGAUGGACUGCUCUGGCAGAGGCCACUCAUGUGAGGUGGUGAUGGACCAGGCCCAAGGCCAACUGUCACUCAUGUGCAGAGGAUUGACCGCAGAGAACUUCAUGCAGCAGCUCCUCAACAGUCCCUCGACGUCUUGUUCUGGAAACAGGGUGGACGAGAGGGGAGCUAUACCUACCACCUUUGGAAUGACACACAGACGCCUCUCCUUUGACUCUAAGAGGUCGCGGCCCAACUUCAGUCACCAGAGGAACGGGAUCAGCCACACCAAGAGCAGGGACGAGAUAGCCCAGGGUUCGGUUAUGAUCGGCAAGUGUGAGGUCACAUCAGAAGACAGCUUGGCAGAGUCCAUUAGUGCUCAGCAUUUUACAGGUUCUGGGGCCUCCAUGCGCACCCUCGACAGUGGCAUUGGCACAUUCCCCAUGCCAGACUAUGCCAGUAGCAUGGCAGGGAAGAGCAUCCCUAAGGGGAAGCCACAGGGAGAGCAAGGGUUUUCUUGCUCCCAGGGUAAGCAUGGGGCCAUGAUGAAGGUUCCGCGUAAGGCCCAUACACUGGAGAGAGAGCUGUCAUCUCUGGAUGAAGUCAACCCGUUUGUCCUGUAUGGCUCAGGGCUGGAGGGAAAAGGUACCAACAUGCACCUGUCCAGUACAAUCCACAAGGAUAUAGAUGCUUAUGGAGCUCAUAUGCAAAAUCCCCUCACCAAGAACUGGACCUUUCCCAAUCUGAAAGGCUCUGCGGGAGCCACUGAUGUUUACCUGGAUGUGCAGGGAGACCUGGGGACCCCAUCCAGAAGGAGUUUGAAACAGUGUUCCCCCCAGCGCCCUCUGGCCACUGACCCAGGCAGCCUGCCACUCCAGACAGGGCUCAGCCAGCGGGGUAAGGGGCGGACGCCCAGCGCCUCGGAGGUGGGGAAGGACGGAGGGCUGGAGCUGGUGAAGGAGAGACCAGAGGACCUCCUGUCCCUGAGAGAGACGCCUGAAUCCCUCAGUGACUCCCUCUACGACAGCCUGUCCUCCUGUGGCAGCCAGGGCUAGGACCCAGGGACAGAUGGGGGAACAGAGGGAGAGAUGGACCAACCGACACCCUUUAAACCACGGCUAAUGAUGCACAUCCAUCCCUCCUUGUAAUGGUGGCCCAGCCCAUAAGGCAGACCAAGUUGAAGUACCUCCUUCCCUCUUCCACACACACAGCUCUCUCUGCUGACCCUGUCUACUUUGCUGAGAUUUGGUUAGUACUGCUGGAAAACUCACCCUCAGGUUGACUGAUGUUCACACACACACAUCAUUUGUGGAACUAGACUGAGAAUUGGGCACUGUUUUUCUCCAAGCAACAAGCAUCUGAUGACAGACCAGCUCAACUCAAAUGUGUACACACACCGACGAGAUGCAUGGGAAAAUAACAUGUUCAAGACAGCCACACGAUCACCAUGGUCUGGAUAAUCUGAAGAAUUGUUGUUAAAUAACUUAACCAGACUCCUGAGGUCGGCCCCAAGAAGUGGCUGGUAUCAGGGGUUUUUCAAGUCUGUCCUGGAUGUGGACAUGUUUCAGUCUAGGAAAAUUGGGCAGCCAUUAAUGCCAGAAAACAACCACAUUUUACUGCCCACUAAAUAUGUCGCAAUGCGGGGAUCGACUAUAAUAAACUUCCCUGUUUUCAGUUAUGUUUUUUAAUUUUUUUAACUGUUGCGCUUUGUUACAUGUUAUGUAUCAUGUAAUUUUAAGUUAAAUAAAAAAGUGUGGGUAUGAAUGGAAGGAUGUGUGUAUGUGUGUGAGACUUAAAUGCAGGGUCUCCACACUAGCUAUGACUAUGUCAAUGAGCUUCUGACCGGGGAAAAGAAGUUCACACUUUCUCUGAAGCUGCCAUAUAGUGUACUGUUUCACAACCUACUGUAACACAUAGUGGCAGAUCAUGACAACAGCCAUUAUAUUACACUUAUGACCAGACAUUACCUAGUACUGUAUGUGUUAUGGACAAUGAAAUGCGAAGAAUCUCAACCAAGAGUCAAAUGUUUUACAUGUGUUUAAUCCAUUGUCAGACUGUUUUACGUAGUGAAACAUUUGUCAGGAAUAAUGCCAUUAUAACAGCAUUAUAUAGGCAGCCUGUGAAUGCGCCAUUAACAAUGAAGUUCUAAACUGAGCUGCUAUUUAAUACUCAAAAUAGUUUGACAAGCUGAAAGAGUGAGUAAGUAACACGAUCCAUCCACCUUUUAUGUACUAUAAACUGAGUUGGCAUACAUGAGCCAGGAUUCAAUUUAAGACGAGUUAAAGAACUGUACUUUAACAGACUUUUUAAAGGUCAUUUGUGCUUAACCUGACAUGCACAGCGUUUCCCAUGAAUGCGACCUAUGUGAAUGUCUGGGGAAAAUGCCUUUAAAAGGCUCAUUGUCGGCUUUUUAGUCCACUGCUCUAUAACGCACCCUGCCAAAUAUCUCGUUUGGCACAGGUUCCAUAUUUAUCUUGCCAGAAACGAUUGAACCGAUAACUCUACUUUGUCUAAAAUGCUCCACUAAAGCAAAAAGAUGGAUGUAGGCCUUCCUUGUGAAGAAGUAACGAUCCAGCCCCACUGAACAGAGUAGUUGCUUACUUCUGCAAUAUGGGCCAAUGUUUGCCUUUAACAGGCACAGACAGACACGCAUUCAAUCAAUUUACUGUUGUACAAUUAAGAAAGACAAAAUGUCUGUGCUAUAGGAAUGUUAGACAUGGAUCAUUGUACGAUCACCAUUGCUGUACUGCAGAUGCUACACCAUGAUGUACACGCAAGUGUUUUGGCAGGCUUACAGAUAUGUUGCAGGAGGAAGAGUAUGGUUUCUAAACACAUUUAGCAUUCGUAAGAAUCAGAGGUUAUCCUAAUGGAGAAGUGCUGUAUUUAAAUGUAUUUCCUAAAGUGCACUACUCUGGUUAAAAGUAGUGCGCUAUAUAGGAAAUGUGGUUCCAUUUGGAAUGCACCCCUUGUUUAAACAGCCACUUCAGAACAGCACCAAGAGACACUAAGAAGGACAUGGACUCCUCCCUCCCUCCCAGCCCAUGUACUUGAUUAUGUCCUCAUAAGUCGUUCCAUCCGCUUCAUAACUCCCCACAAACGUCUUCAGGGAUAAGACAUCCUUGUGCUUCCAAACUCUGCUUUCAGAAGCAUGUGAUCUUUCCAAACUGACAUGGAUUUGACUUUUCUCGAGUUCACAUUUUUUCAUAAUCCCACUUUGAACAUUGCUUGUCCUUCAGACCCCCCCCCCCCCCCCUGGAGUUAACAUAAUAACUACUGUGUUAUACCAUGGAAAUGGAGAUCUGACUGUUACUGUAUAUACCCUUCUCUGUGAGAGAAGUUGAAGAGUUGAAGAGGUUGUCUUCCAGAAUAUCUGCUACCGUUCCAGCCUUUCAACCCCAUCUGAAUCAUAGCUAAAUGAAAACAAGUGUGUGACAUGAAGCCCAUUCUCUUUUACAAUCAUCUCAUAAUAAAAAUGUUUCCAUGGGACAUAUUUAACACAAUCAUUUUGUCUUGGAUUACUGUGUUCUAUGUUGCGACCAAACCAUAUACAACUAAAUAAUAACUAACCAACUACAGUACUUCAGAUGGUAGCAUUUUUCAUUCCACCAGAUUCCAUUGGAAGUAACUGGGAGAUCCAUAGGUAGCUACAUGUUAACUCCAUGGUAACACACGUCAUCUAUCUGCAGGGAAGCCUUUAUGGACUCCCUCUCUGUCAGUCAAACAUGGGUCUUAGCAACACCAUACACCUUAACUAUGGCAAUGCUGACCAGGAUGGAGUGGCAUAGAGGUGAAAUCUUUACUUAAUAUGUUUGCUUUAUGGACUCAAUUUAUCUCACUUCAUUCAAAGAGGUUGUUGCAGCUCUAUCUAUUUGUUGUAUUUAUUUAUUUAUUUUUGAGGGCAAAUCAUAAUCAAUGAACUUUUUGUUAUUGUUGAUGUUGUUGACAUUGUUGUUAUAGACGUUUUUAUUCUGAUACCGAUUUAUUUUUGUACUAUACUCCUAUUUAAUUAAAGUUAUUUUUUUUCCAUGA